UAAACUUUUGUACAAAUUUAUAAAUUAAACAAAUUUUUUUUAAGUGAUCAUAACAAAAAACCAUGGCUGAGAAGCCCAAAGAAGAACCCAAACCAGCCAAGGGCAACAUAUGCUGCAUUUAAAAUAGAUGGCGUACCUGCACGAUAUGUAGUCACUGCCUUGGGUUUCAUUGCAAUGAAUAUAAUCUAUGGGUUGAAAGUAAAUUAUAGUAUAUGCCUUAUAGCAAUGGUAAAUCACUCAGCCGUAUUGGGAAGCGAUAACGACACCGAAAAAGAAUGUAAGCUUGAGCAAAGGAAUGUAGACAAUGGUCCACAAACGCAGAAUGGUCCCUAUAACUGGAGUGAGCCAUUACAAGGAACCCUCUUAAGCUGUUAUUAUUGGGGCUUUAUUUGCUCACAAAUUCCAGGAGCACGUUUAGCUGAAUCGUUGUCCGCCAAGUGGGUAUUAUUUGCCGCCGUCCUUGUCAACAUUGCUGCCGCGGCGCUAACGCCCCUUUUGGCACAGUGGCUUUUCCUUGGGCUGAUUUUUACGCGUUUCCUAUCGGGCUUAUUUGGUGGUGCCGCCGUACCAGCUAUGUACGUUCUAAUCUUAGCUUGGGCCCCGCUGGAGGAGCGCUAUUUCCUGUCUACAAUUUGCUUCUUAGGCACCACAGUGGGCACAGUUUGGUCUAUUAUGAUAUCUGGUGCUAUAGCCGAAAACUGUGGCUGGAUUUGGGUGUUUUAUGGCAUGGCUGCAGCAAGCUGCCUUUGGUUAAUAUUAUGGAUCAUACUGAUACAAGAUAGUCCCAAUAAGCAAACUUUUAUAAGCCCAGAGGAGCGCGAACUUAUCAACAAAUCGCUUGCCGGUGAACCGAAGGAACUGCCUACACUUAAAGCGCCUUGGUCAAAAAUAUUGCGAUCAAAAGCCUUUUGGGCUAUACUUAUAGCGCACACGUGCAGUAAUUGGGGCUGGUAUAUGUUUCUAUUAGAGACUCCCUUCUAUUAUAAGCAAAUCUUCAAGUUUCCUUUAGAUGACAAUGGCGUCUUUAGUGCUCUACCCUUUUUACCUAUGAUAGGUUUUGGCGCUCUAAUUGGUUUCAUGAUGGACAGAUUAAUGCUCGCAGACAAAUUAACCCCAACUACUGCACGUAAAAUAGCCACGUCCAUUGCUUCGCUUGUACCGGCUCUAUGUCUAGUUGGACUUUUGUUUAUUGGGUGUCACAGUUAUGUAGCAGUUAUCAUCGUGUUUUUAGCCGUUAUGUGCAUGGGUGCCAUGUUUUCGGGAUUUGUUUCAAAUCAAAUUGAUAUAUCGCCAAAUUAUGCUGUCACUUUGGUGGCGCUAACGAACACAGUGGCCACAUUGCCUGCUAUUAUUGUUCCGAUACUAGCUGGCUUUCUUACUAACCACAAUGAAACCACAGACGCCUGGCGCAUUAUAUUUGGCACCGCUAUAAUUAUGUUUUUAAUAGAAUUUAUCAUUUAUGUAAGCAUGGGAUCAGCGGAAGUGGAACCUUGGAAUUAAUUGACUAAUUGUAUAAGCUUAAAUGUAAAUAUCAAUA